AUGUCCAACCUAUACGGUUCCUCCUAUCAGGACUCGUUUCAACCCACCUUCUCCCCAGCUACCCGCGAUGAGAACCGACGGUCCUUUCUCGAUUUGAAUCAACCACUCACAGCCAUGGGUCGCAGGCAACCAAACCAUAUUCAAACACCUGCUCCGAAUCUAUACUUGCCUCAACCAACGUUUUCACCCACCUAUGACCCCGCAACUCAAAAUUUUCAGGUCGCAUCGCACCAGGAGUUUGACAGGUCCGAGGAUAUACACGUCCCGCAUGAUGAAGGUGAUCGCUUUCGAAGCCAGCAACCCGCCGGCGGCAUCGCUUAUUACGUUUCGGACACCUUUUGCGAGACACCUUUGGCGCAUGGUGAUGAUUGGGACUUUUCGAGUCCCCCGGUCUCCGACCCCAGCACGUGCGGCUCAUUUCAGUACUACAAUUCCGCGGAAGGUUCUGUUGAAUGGCAGACCUAUGAGAUUCCGUGCGAGGACCAACUCGCAUACGACGCGUUUGGCCAGCCUCAUUACAGUGCCGUCAAUCUACUCCCAUAUCGCUCUCAACACCCUCCCAUUUCCCCUACCCAACAUUCUUCAUACUCCGAGCUCUCAGCCAAUGUACUUUUUCUAUCGGAGCUCAGUCGCGCUGAGUCCAAGAUUUCAAAAACUCCGAUUACCCCCUCUGAGCCCAAGACUCAACAAACUUCUACUAAGGCGAAACGGAAGGAAAGGCCUUCGUCUGAUUCUGAUUUAGAUAUGGAUUUUAAACCACAUUUUCCGUCCUCCAGUCGUCGUCGAUCGGCUCCCGCGCCGGUCAAACAAAAGGUAGCGUCGGUGCCACCCCCACGUCAGUCGACCGCACCUCCGCCUAAGCCACACAUCCCGAAGAAAGACGGAGGGCAGAAGAGGUUGAGUCUCGCAUGUUUAUUCUGUAGGGAGAGGAAAAUUGCGUGUGGUCGCCCAAGUGAGGAUGAACCUGACCAAACUUGCGCUCAAUGUCUGCGUCGAGAUCUCACAUGUGAAUACCCGAAGGAGUCGAGGCGAGGACAGCAUAAACGUAGUCCCAAGGGAAAAGCCGGGCAUCGAUGA